UUUGGCCGACGACGUCGUUCUGCUCCUCACUCACAGUUGGACGAGCCACUCGAGCUCAAUCAUUCGUGUCACUCGCCACAUCCCUCGCCCAACGACAGUCUCACAAGUUGCAUCGAAAAAGCUCUUCAUUGCCCGUUUCACCCGUUUGAACGUUAUCUCUCCGCUAAUAAAAUAGCAAUCGGACUUUACUUCUACCAUGGGCACAACCCGCUAUGAGACGGAGACGUCACUGCGCGCGUCCAUCUUUGGUGAGGUCCUGCUGUGCCGCGAUCGGCUUACAGAUGAGCGUGUGGUAGUGAAGACGGUGGACCUGCAGUUGGCGCUGCAACAGACGUCGCGCUCGCAGGAACUCGUGCAGGAGAACGUGAUGCUUGAGGUGGAAGUGCUGAACCGCGUGCGCGCGCUGGGCGGACACCCGAACGUCAUCAACAUGCACAGCUACUUCGUGGCCAAGGGCGGUGGCGUACUACACAUGGUGCUAGACUAUUGCGAGAGCGGUGAUCUACUGGAUGCAUGUGUGCAACCGCUCGUCGCGGAGGAGGGAGGCGACGACAAGAGCAGCAGCAAUAGUGAUAAUGGUCAGGGUAAUCAGAAAGAGGACGCGGCUCUACUGAGAUCAGCUGCAUUGCUCGGCAACCAUGGCCCCGAACAGGACGACAACGACAGCAAUGGACCCUUCCUGAACGGCGUGGACGGAUCGAAGCGCCUGCAAGAGAGCGUGGCACAAACUUACCUGGUGGACGUGUUAUCUGGACUGCGAUUCCUUCACAGUCAUGGCAUCGCCCAUCGGGAUGUGAGUCUCGAGAAUAUCCUACUACGAAACGGACAUGCCGUGAUCGCAGACUUUGGGCUGUGCGUACAGGACACGUCUGCGUCGUCGGGUAGUCCGACAAGCAGCGGGUUCCUUUGUGACGAGACGGUGGGCAAGAACUACUACAUGGCACCGGAAAUCGUGAUGCGCGAGCGAUAUGAUCCGCGGCGAGCGGAUAUUUGGUCGGUGGGCAUCGCGUUCUUCAUCCUAUUGACAUCGUCACCGCCGUUCGAACGCGCGGAUCCGUCCGAUCCGGGCUUCCGGUACGUGGCGAAGCGCGGCAUCAAGGCGGUGUUCACAGCGUGGGGACUUGGCCAAGACGUUUCGGAGACUUUACAGGAUCUCCUGUCGCGCAUGCUGUGCGUGGACCCGGAGGAGCGCAUCACGAUGGAGGAGAUCUGGCAGCACCCAGUGCUGCAGCGGCCGCGAUGUUAGGCGUUGGGAAUCAACUGCGACUGAGUCGGUGUGGGUGGCGGUGAACGGUGUCGUGGGGUGUAUUGUAGUUGAAUCGAGCCGGUAGUGUGCGUGGAGCAAGCAUGAUGGAGCGAAUGCCGUGAAAGACUGAGUAGUAUAAGACGAGAUAUUAGAUAUCCGUGGACUAGGAAUUGUUUUAAUAAUUGAGUAUUUUAGUUGCGAC